AAUUGAAUGAGAAGCCUCUGAGAGGAUCUUGAGAGGAGCCACCACAACAAAACAAUCUCUCCAACAGUCCAGCCAGUGCAAACACCCAUUGGCUUUUUUAUUUGAUAUAUAUUUUUUUAACAUUUUCUAUUCAUGCAUGGCUGCGUAGUGCCUCAAACUUGCGGAACUUUUUACAGCAACAAGUUUUGGUGGAAGAGGGGGGGUCCCCUCCAGAUUUGCUAAAAUGGAUCACUUUUUAAGGAAUGGGACAAUACGACUACUGGCUUUUAUUCUACUGCACUUCACCACCAUUCAAGCUGCUCAUCCCAUCGAUGUUCUCCGGGUGCUGGAGAUGUCGGAGAACACGGAGGGGGUUUCCGUGCGCCCUGGUCUCUGCAGCAGCCGUAAACAGGUGGAAGGAACACAGCAGGCCUUCAAAGUAAACCAGAAAAUCCAGCUCAGUGCUCCCACCAAACAACUUUUCCCUGAGUCCACAUUCCCUGUAAAUUUCUCCCUGAUGGCCACCGUGCGAGCCAGAAAGGGAUCGCAGUCAUUCCUACUCUCCGUGUAUGACGAGCACGGCGUGCAGCAGCUGGGGCUUGAAGUGGGCCCUUCGCCCGUCUUCUUGUAUCAGGGCCGGGCAACUGGGCAGCCCACCCCCGAAACUCACCCCACAUUCAAGGACGUCAACCUGGCAGAUGGACAAUGGCACAGGAUAGCCUACAGUGUGCAGGGCAAGUCCGUCACCCUCUUUUUGGACUGUCACAAGGUAGAGACCCAAAAACUAACACGUGGAGCCGACGCCAUCGUCAGCACGGAGGGCAUCGUCGUAUUCGGAUCAGGACUACUGGAUCAAGCUGUAUUUGAGGGAGAAAUUCAACAACUGCUGAUUGACGAUGACCCCCAGGCUGCUGCCGCUUAUUGUGUCAACUACAUGCCAGACUGUGACUCCGCUUUGCACCACAACAACCAAGACCUGGACCUUCAAGGGAAGUCCCAACUGGAGCAGCCAGAAGAACAACAUGGCAAAGAGGGCAGGAAGGGCAAAAAGAACAAAAAGAAGAGGGACAAGGGCUCUAAGGGCAAAGGCAAACGUAAAGGCAAGGGGAAGGGCAAAGGGAAGAAGAAGGGAUCCAAGAAGAAAAAACUUGAAGAGGAAAGUCUGGAGGAUGGCUUCAUCAGAGUGUCUACCAUGUUGCCCGAGUAUCUGUCCCAACAGCCUUUUUUGGACAUAGAAAGCACUGCAGAAACGCUCAGUCCCACUAAAGUCUACGAUGACGAGCCCCUUGCGGAGAUAUCUACAAAUGAACCCUCAACGGAGGCCCCCUCACCCGUCAGCAUGGCCGAAUCAGAAAUUCAUGUUGAGGAGCCCGAGACCGGGAAGAGCCCAGAGGUGGAGCACGGCGACGACCUUUACGGCAACCUUGUUGACGAGCUCGCUGUUUCCAUAGUUACAGCGGGCAUGAAUAUUACUGAAUCUGAGGUCCUCGAACACGACGACUACAAUAACACCAACUUUGAUUAUGACGAUUAUGACUUAUACGACGAAGGCUACGAUUUUGCAUUGGGAGAAGGAGCCCAGACGUGGGAAGGAAAGUCAAGAGUAGCGACUGAGAAAGGACAGAAGGGCGAGCCUGCGGUAUUUGAACCGGGUGCGCUAGUGGAAGGACCGGCAGGCCUGCCGGGACCGGAGGGACUUCCUGGUCCAGCUGGACCAACAGGCCCCCCAGGAUCCAGGGGAGACCCUGGUGAAAUGGGUCCUGCAGGACGUACUGGUCUUCCGGGGGUUGACGGAAUUCCAGGUCCACAAGGGACGUUGCUGAUGCUACCUUUCCAGUACAGGAGUGAUUCCCAAAAGGGACCGGUGGUGACCCCCCAGGAGGCCCAAGCGCAAGCCAUCAUGCAACAGGCCCAGCUGUCAAUGAAGGGACCUCCAGGUCCAACGGGUCUUACAGGGCGCCCAGGCCCACUGGGAGCUCCGGGCGCCGCCGGCCACAAAGGAAACAUUGGCGACCCAGGCCCGCCGGGACCCCAAGGAUUGGCAGGAGUUCAAGGAAGUAACGGGAAAUCAGGAAAAAGGGGCCGUGCUGGGACAGAUGGAGGACGUGGAGCUCCAGGUGAAACUGGUGUUAAGGGUGAUCGAGGUUUCGACGGCCUGCCGGGACUUCCGGGAAACCAGGGACACAAAGGGGACAGAGGAAAGCCUGGUCCUCACGGGCCUGCCGGAGAGCCGGGAGAAAGGGGACCAAAUGGACCUGUUGGCCCCAGGGGGCAACCUGGUGAACCCGGUUCACGGGGUCUUGUUGGGCCGAGGGGGCCAUCGGGAGCACCUGGCCAACCGGGUAUCCAAGGAACGGACGGAGUGCAGGGGUCAAAGGGAAACCAGGGCCCGCAUGGAGAAAUAGGACCUGCAGGACAACAAGGAAAUCCUGGACCACAGGGAUCGCCCGGCCCCCAGGGUCCCAUCGGGUUGCCGGGAGAGAAGGGUCCCCAGGGGAACCAGGGCAUGCAAGGACUACCAGGCAUUGAUGGACCGCCUGGUCACCCAGGAAGAGAGGGACCCCAAGGAGACAAAGGCACCCAAGGGGUGCUAGGCACCCAGGGGCCAAUCGGGUACCCGGGACCCCGCGGCGUCAAGGGAGCAGAUGGCGUUAGAGGUUUAAAGGGUUCCAAAGGAGAGAAGGGAGAAGAUGGCUUCCCUGGCUUCAAAGGUGACAUGGGCCUCAAGGGAGACAGGGGUGACAGUGGGGCCCUAGGUGCUCGCGGAGAGGACGGGCCAGAAGGGCUAAAGGGCCAACAGGGAGCCAUGGGGGAUUUAGGACCUACUGGGAUUGCCGGAGACAAGGGCCACCUUGGAGUGCCAGGACUGCCUGGAUACCCGGGACGUCAAGGAUCAAAGGGAUCACUUGGCUUCCUUGGUGCAGCAGGAGCCCAAGCAGAGAAGGGACGAAGGGGUCCAGCUGGUCAGCCUGGAUCUGGAGGCCAAAGAGGUCCUAACGGGGCCCGAGGAGGAAGAGGAGCAAGAGGUCCCACUGGGAAGCCUGGAGAAAAGGGUUCGUCUGGACAAGAUGGCCCGCAGGGAUCCCCCGGAGAACAGGGUCCCCAAGGGCCACAGGGAAUGCACGGAGAAACAGGACCAAAAGGACCAAAUGGUCCACCUGGAAAAGAUGGAGUACCAGGUCAUCCUGGCCAGAGAGGGGAACCAGGAUUCCAAGGCAAAAAUGGCCCCCCUGGUCCCCCGGGUGUUGUCGGACCACAGGGCAAGUCCGGUGAAACGGGGCCAAACGGCGACAGGGGCCACCCGGGGUCACCGGGAUCACCGGGUGAGCAAGGAUUACCUGGAUCGGCCGGAAAGGAAGGAGCCAAGGGAGACCUGGGCCCAGCAGGAGGACCAGGAAAGAGUGGCCCUGCAGGGCUCCAGGGAUUUCGGGGGAGCAGAGGGAUCCCUGGUGCAACGGGUCCUGAAGGCUUAAAAGGAGGAGAGGGUGUACCUGGUAUUGCGGGACUCAUCGGUGCCACCGGAGAGAGGGGACCCGCUGGGCCGGCGGGUGCUAUUGGCCAGCCAGGGCGCCCCGGCAGUGUGGGCCCUGCGGGGCCCAUCGGAGAGAAAGGCGAACCAGGAGAGAAAGGCCCCGCCGGGAUGGCCGGGCAUGACGGGGAACAAGGACCUUUUGGGCUGCCAGGACCUGUAGGACCACCUGGGCCUCCAGGGGAGGACGGAGACAAGGGUGAGACAGGAGGACCGGGCCAGAAGGGAAGCAAGGGAGACAAAGGAGAAGCAGGACCUCCGGGACCUAUUGGAAUUCAAGGACCCGUGGGCCAGCCAGGAAUGCUUGGCGCAGAUGGCGAGCUAGGUCCUCGUGGGCAGCAGGGAAUGAAUGGAGCCAAAGGAGAUGAAGGACAGAGGGGCUUCAAGGGACCAACUGGUCCUGCGGGCCUACAGGGAAUGCCAGGAUUGCCAGGGGAGAAAGGAGAAAGUGGGCAUGUAGGCUCUAUGGGACCCCCAGGACAGCACGGACCUCGAGGCUCCCAGGGGCUAGUUGGUGCAGAGGGCCAAGCGGGAAUACCAGGAGGAGUUGGUGAACCUGGACCUCCUGGAGAGAAGGGUGAGGACGGCGAGGCCGGGGACCCAGGAGCAGUUGGCGAGUCCGGCACUGCUGGUAUUAAGGGAGACUUAGGGGAGAAGGGAGAUUCUGGAGCACCUGGUGCGGCAGGACCUCCAGGAAUUAGAGGACUACCCGGAGAGGAUGGACCCAAGGGCAAUAUUGGCCCUGUUGGAUUCCCAGGAGAUGCAGGACCCCCUGGGGAAAUCGGUGUCACUGGAAAAGAUGGUGGACCUGGACCUAAAGGUGACGACGGAGAAACAGGCAAAGCGGGACCCCCAGGAGCCUCUGGAGAGCCGGGUCCUUCAGGACCUCCCGGACGAAGGGGUCAUGUGGGCGCUGCAGGAUAUGAAGGGAAGCAAGGCAUGAAAGGAGCCAAGGGAACAACAGGUACCCAAGGUCCAGUGGGUAAAACGGGCCCUGUGGGACCACAAGGGCCCCCAGGCAGGUCUGGUCCAGAUGGGCUUCAAGGCAUCCCAGGCCCUGCGGGUGAGCAAGGGUUAACUGGUGCACAAGGACAAACUGGACCACCUGGGCCAAUGGGACCACAGGGACUUCUAGGACUGAAGGGGGACCCAGGAAUAGAGGGAGAAAAAGGUCACGGUGGGUUACUUGGCUUAGUGGGCCCCCCGGGAGACCCCGGUGAGAAGGGUGACAGGGGCCUGCCUGGUACUGACGGGACACAAGGGCCUAAAGGAGAUGAGGGUGUGACUGGCCCACCUGGUCCCACCGGACCACCAGGACCACCUGGUCUGUCAGGAGCUGGUGGAGAAAAAGGAUCCAAGGGCAACAUGGGUGCCAUUGGUUCCAGAGGUGAUCCAGGCCCUGCUGGCCUUCCAGGACCUCCAGGACCCGCCGCUACUGUGGUUCAACCCCUGCCAAUCCGGGAGGGCAGGAAGAAGAAAAGACGAAACUCUGAUCAAGCCGGAACCGUCUCGUCUAGAGAGGAGGAAGUGACUCUCAAUAUGGAAGACUUUCUGCAAGCAGACCAGCCUUUAGGAGGAGAGGAUGGAAUGGAAGAAGUCUUCGCCACGCUUUCAUCCAUGAAAAUCGAGGUGGAGCUGAUGAGGAGGCCCCUGGGGACCUUUGAAAGCCCGGCACGCACCUGCAAGGAGCUCAUGAUGGUUCAGCCGGAUUUCAAAGAUGGAGACUAUUGGAUUGAUCCUAACCAAGGCUGCAACCGAGAUGCCUUCAAGGUCUACUGCAACUUCACAGCUGGUGGUGAUACAUGCCUGGACCCUGACAAGAAGAUUGAAAUGGUGAAAUUAGCAGCAUGGAGCAAAGAGAAACCAGGAAGCUGGUACAGUCAAUACAGACGAGGCAAGAAGUUCUCCUACAACGACAUGGACGGCAACACCGUACAAGUGGUCCAGCUGACUUUCCUCAAACUACUGAGCGCCACGGCCAAGCAGCGGUUCACAUACGCGUGCCAGAACUCGGCGGGCUGGUAUGACGGCACGUCGCACUCCUACAACCACGCCCUGCGCUUCCGGGGCGCCAACGACGAGGAGCUGACUAAGGCCAAAAGCUCCUUCAUCCGCGCCGUGUACGACGGCUGCCAGUUGCGUAAAGGCCAUGAAAGUACCGUACUGGAGGUGGACUCCCCCUCGGCUGAGCUGCUGCCCAUUAUGGAUGUGUCCGCAACAGACUUUGGCAACAGCAACCAAAAGUUCGGAUUCCAAGUUGGACGUGUAUGCUUCACUGGCUAAAAAGACAACAACUACCACCAAAAAAAAAAAAAAAAAAAAAAAAAAAAAACAAGACCACUGAACACUGAAAAACCAAAGAAACGGGAGUUUUACCACUGCCCCAAGCAAUAUUUAUUAUAGUAUGUUGUAGAUUAUUUAAGACUUUCUUCACAGCUCACGUUGGGAAUUCCUUUGCCUUUACAAGACGACGACAUUCAUCAGUUGCAACAACGCACCAAGGGAAAUAAGAUGUGUUUAUAUGUUUGUUUGAUUUUUGGGGGUUUUUUUGUCUUCAAUUUCCUUCCACUUCCAUUUGGUCCCGCUCAAGGGUGAACUUAUGAGCUACCCAAUGUUUUCAAAGACUGCCACCGAGCAAUUCCCAGACAUUUAUUUGCAUGCUACCAGGUUACUAUACUGACAGUUGCAUAGCAGCAUCGAACUCGGCGAGCAUAUUAAUUCUAUACAGGCGCCAUUCUUCAUUUUCUGUUUGGGGAAGAGAUGAAUUAUCCCGUUUACCCUUCAAGUGCAGUUUGCUAAAUACAAUAAGCAUUUAAUAGCUAAACGUGGGCUCUAUUGAACUAUACAGUGACUCCUUGGUAUUCUAUAGUCCUAUUUUACAAAAUCUGUGUUUCCACACGUACUGUAUUUGUCUCCUCGCUGCAGGGACAUUCCAGGGCAAAAAUUAAGAGCAUGCUGAUUAAAAACAUUCAUCUAUUCAUUGCUCCUUUAUACCAAGAGACAUGUCAUGCAACUCUUGUCAUUUUAGAGCCUCACUCGAAGGCAUUUGUUUCUCUGUAUUAUUUAUAUGUUGAAAUAUGAACGUGUGACUUGCUCUUCGCCGGUGCUAUUUUUUGAUUUGUUUGUUUUUGUGCCUCUGAGGGCUGAUCACAGGACGAGUAGGGGGGAGGUGGCGAUUGCUCCUUCAGCAGAACGAAUGUGCUGAAGGCAAAGGGGAGGGAGUACGUGGUGGGGGGGAGGGGGCGUGUUACACAUCUUCUGGCUGAUUGUGCCAAUUUCACACGGCCAGUCGCUGGGGACAUCUCAGUGGAGCGUGGUUUGCAGCUUUAAAGGGAAUCUCCACUCUUGCAAUAAACGUGUUGUAGUAUUUGCUCGGCACGAAAAGGAGAUUUCCCUAUGAAAACGAGCUGAGGUGACAUUAAAAGUGUCGAUCUCAGUUCAUUGUUAUAUCAGGUGAUCACUAUAUGUUAACGUCUUUAAAAGGGGAAUUAAAGCCAUGUUCCCCCCACAAGAAUAUGUUGUAUGUGACCCCACUAGUUUAAAAAUGGUAUUCUGAUUCAUAUUUUUCAAAAUUUUAGUUUGGGUUCAAACCACCAUGUCAUCAACUUGUCUUUAAGCUAGUUAUCGCAACACACGCAGGGAGGUCACAUGACAUUCACAACGCAGUUGUGAGACUAAUUUUGGUCGACAGAAGAGGGCGAUAUUGCCCAACUUGGCGACCCCCUGGGAUGGAUGACAAUUGGUGCAUUAAUCUGUUUAAUUGUUAUUCCACAAGCGCAACAUUAAUCUGAAUACAGUGUUUUAACAAGUAGGGGCACAUACAAUGUAUUAUUUCCCCCCCCCCCCCCCCCGCCCCACCCAAAAAAAGGCUUUAGUUCCCUUUUAAAUGAACAAAUGGUGCUAUGCAAUGUUUUACGACGUCAAAAUGUGCAUCCAGCCGGGGUGAUUUGAAAUGUACCCUUCCUCCGGUCCUAGCCUGUGUGACCCCUUGUGUGUAUGGCCUUUAGUGUGUGUGAUUUUCCAUACUGUUAUUCUUUAGACUCAGAUGUUUAGCCUGAACUGAACAUAAAUGUAUCCGUCAGCCAAACAAAAAUUAAGUGGUGUGAAUAAAGGCGGUGGGGAUAUGAUACCGUUGA